CGCGAUAAGACCUCGGCCCGGCUGCCGCCGUCGGCGGAGCCUGAUUAGAAGGCGGGGAGGCGAGUCGAGCCCGGGGUCCCGGUCCCGGCCCCCCUGCUGUGUUUCCCGUUGCCCUUCUCGGAGGAGCCCCCGGAGGCCACCUGGCCGCUUCUAGACACACGGAGAUAAAGCAUUCCGAUGGCAGAUAACAGUUUUUCAGAUGGAGCUCCUGCAGAUUCCGUGGAAGCUGCAAAAAAUGCAAAUAACACAGAAAAGCUCACGGAUCAGGUGAUGCAGAAUCCACAAGUUUUGGCAGCUUUACAGGAACGACUUGAAAAUGUCUCUCACACUCCCUCCAGCUACAUUGAAACCUUACCCAAAGCAGUCAAAAGGAGAAUCAAUGCUUUGAAACAGCUGCAGGUGAGGUGCGCACACAUAGAAGCCAAGUUCUAUGAGGAAGUCCAUGACCUCGAGCGGAAGUAUGCUGCACUCUACCAGCCUCUGUUUGACAAGAGAAGAGAAUUCAUCACUGGUGACGUGGAACCCACAGAUGCAGAGUCAGAGUGGCACAGUGAGAAUGAGGAGGAGGACAAGUUGGCUGGAGACAUGAAAAGUAAAGUAGCCAUAGCUGAAAAAGAAGAAGCAGCAGCAGAAGAGCCAAAUCCCAAAGGAAUUCCAGAGUUCUGGUUUACCAUCUUCAGAAACGUGGACAUGCUCAGUGAGCUCGUACAGGAAUAUGAUGAACCAAUCUUGAAACACCUGCAAGAUAUUAAAGUAAAAUUUUCGGCCCCUGGACAGCCCAUGUCUUUUGUGUUAGAGUUCCACUUUGAGCCCAAUGACUACUUUACCAAUCCUGUUCUGACAAAAACAUACAAGAUGAAGUCAGAGCCAGACAAGGCCGAUCCCUUCUCCUUUGAAGGUCCUGAAAUCGUGGACUGUGACGGGUGUACUAUCGACUGGAAGAAAGGGAAAAAUGUGACAGUAAAGACUAUCAAGAAAAAGCAGAAGCAUAAGGGCCGGGGUACCGUCAGAACUAUUACUAAACAGGUGCCCAAUGAGUCCUUCUUCAAUUUCUUCAACCCAUUGAAAGCCUCUGGGGAUGGAGAAUCACUGGAUGAAGAUUCAGAGUUCACUUUAGCCUCUGAUUUUGAAAUUGGACACUUCUUCCGAGAGCGGAUAGUGCCGCGGGCCGUGCUCUACUUCACGGGGGAGGCCAUAGAGGACGAUGACCAUUUUGAAGAAGGCGAGGAAGGAGAAGAGGAGGAGUUGGAAGGUGAUGAGGAGGGAGAAGAGGAAGAAGAUGCUGAAAUUAACCCUAAGAAAGAAGCCGGCCAGCCAGCGGAAUGCAAGCAGCAGUGAGGAGCAGCGGGCCUGCCAGCGCCUGUGGGCGGCCCUGCAGCGGCCCGCACGCGGCGUGCUGACAUCUAACCCUUCCAAGUGCAUGACUUCACUUUCACCCUUCCUUUCCUUCUUACUUUGCUUAACUUGUACAGUGGCGACGGAACUGCAUUUCAGAAGUAGCAGGCUUAGUUCUAGCGCCUCUGCAGCCUUGGACCUCCCUGGCCCUGCCCUUGGGAGGCUGAGACCAUGCGGGGUGGGCAGGGAGGCAGGGAGGCAGGGGUCGAGCCUGGGCAGAGCAGUGUGCUUGGUGCUGCAGCCUCCACUGCCCCCGUUGUUCGCAGCCGCUGACUGCUGUGGGUGGGCCAUCCCCGGAGAGCUGGUAGUGUGGCCACGUUCUCCUGGUUUCUGGGGUGCGCUCUGGGGCCAGAGCCGGGGGGGGCUCCGCCUUGGCGUUUACCUGGUGACUGAGGGAAAGGAUGGAUGAGAGCGCUCUGACCCGCUUUGCAGACGGGGCGGGGCUGGAGCCAGGGCCUGUGGCGCUGCCGCGUGAGGUGGCUGUUCUGUGUGAGCCUCUAGUCUCUUUUCCUCAGUGUCCCCUGUUUGACCCCACCCUGUCCUGUCUUCAGCCCUGGGUUUGGUGUGGCCUGUUGCGGCGCGUGUGUGGGGUUUGAGUGUGUGUUGGUGGUUGCGGGGACAGCAGGUCCAGCCGGCAGCAGGCAUUUAGAGUGCGCAGCCUUACCUGAUAACGCAUUUGUAACUGAAUACGGUGUUUUCAAUUUGUACAGAAUAGUUAGAAUAUUCUAUUAAAGUUGUGAAACAUGA